AUGCUGCCGCGCUGGCGUUACGCGGUGCGGCCCCGCGAGCACGUCGCUCCCGCUGCACGGCUGCCAGCGCAGCGCAGCGCAGCGCAGCGCACCUGGGGCGAGCCGGGGCCCCAUCCGGGCGACGCCGAGCUGGGCGGCUGCAGCAAGGAGGAGCUGGUGCGCCGCCUGCGCCACGAGGAGGCCGAGAAGCUGGCGGCGCUGGUGCAGCGCGGCCGCCUCAUCCAGGGCGUCAACCGGCAGCUGCAGGAGCACCUCCGCGAGAUCCGCGAGCUGAAGGCCGUCAACGGGCGGCUGCAGGCCGAGAACCGCGAGCUGCGCGACCUGUGCUGCUUCCUGGACGAGGACCGGCUGAAGGCCAAGCGGCUGGCGCGCCACUGGCAGCUCUUCGGGCACCACGCGGCGCAGGUGCUGCGCGACGAGGUGGCCGCCUGCCUGCGCAAGCUGGCCGGCCUCGAGGGGCUGCAGGAGCGCCUGGCCAAGGACAACCUGGAGCUCAAGGAGCUCUGCCUGGCGCUCGAGGAGGAGUGCGCGGCCGCCGCGGCCGCCGCCGCCGCCUCGGCGCGCCCCGACGCCAGCCCCAGCCCCAGCCCCGGCCCCGGCGGCGGCUCCUCGGAGCUCGGCCUGCCCUGCGGGCCCCGCGACCUGGGCGACGGCAGCUCCAGCACCGGCAGCGUGGGCAGCCCCGACCAGCUGCACCCGGCCUGCUCCCCCGACGACUGA